AUGUCAACACCGAACCUAGAGGAUCUGUCGCUUCAUGAAGAGGUAGAUGAUGAGGGGUUUUGUUUUGAGGUGGAUGAGGAGGGAGAUGAAGUAGGGGGUUUACGUUGGUGUUUAGUAGGCAGAUUUCUUUGUGAUAGGCCUAUUCACUUGAACUCGAUGAAAGCGAGAGUGGCGGAUAUGUGGAGACCGGUGAAGGGGGUAUCAAUCAAAAAGGCGAAGGAGGGAUUAUUUUUGUUUCAGUUUGACCACAAACUUGAUAUGGAGUCAGCAAUCAAUGGAGGACCAUGGUCUUUUGAUGGUCACCUUCUGAUCAUUGAGAGGAUGCAAUUGGGAGUCCAACUGGAUAGUAUUCCACUGUUCUUCGUGGACUUCUGGGUCCAGGUGCAUAAUCUUCCCGCCGGUUUGAUGCUUGAAAGAGUAGGGACAACCAUAGCAAACUUCAUUGGGGUUUUUGUGGAAUAUGACAAAAAUAAUAACUCGAGCUUUUGGAGACAGUACAUGAGGCUAAGAGUGAAGAUUGAUGUGAGGAAGCCGUUGAAGAAACAAACUAGAGUGAAAAAUAAGGGUGGUGAAUGGUGUACGGUCUCGUUUAAAUACGAAAAGCUGGGACUUUUCUGUUUUGUGUGCGGUAUACUUGGCCACUCAGAACAGAAAUGUGAAGUCCGUUUUGCCAUGCCGGAAGAUACUGGUGUUAGAUUGUGGUCGAGUGAGAUUAGAGCUGAGUUAAGACGAGGUGGGAGUGGACCGGUGUCCCGAUGGUUGAAAAAAGAUUCUGGCAGCUGCAGCUCGAGUAUGGCUUCUACGGAAGAGAAUCAGGCGCGUGACUCUCACUCUCCUGGGCUGGAGAGUAAUCGUGUCUUGCCUCAGGUGGGGGACCCACUUUCCCUCACUGUUCGUGAUUCAGCAAUUCCUGUUUCCAUUUUGAAUCAUCAGAAUAAUGGCCAAUCAUUAUCCCAUCAAGACAGAAUAUUCCAUCCAUUUAUUGAGGGGACAAACUCUGAUUUCUCCAUUAACCCUGCCAUUAAAUUCCCAACCGACAGCAUAUUCCAAGGAAAAGGGGUUUCACAAAAUCCUUUAAUGAGCCGUUUUUUCCAGGCUGAGUCAGACCUAGCCUUAAUUUCUACCAAGCCCCCACUUAAGGAGCAUUUGACGGGCCCACUAGGAGCUUUUACCGCUACACAUUCUGGCCAAUUAAAAUCUGGUACCACGUUGGAAUUUUCUUCCCCUGACACCCCGAUACCUAUUACCUUUUCAGCAGAAACAGUUAAACAACCGUCCCUUAUCCCCAUGCAACCUGUUGUUACUAUGAAACCCGAACUACCAAAAAGAGUAACCUCUGUUAACAAUAAAAAUCCUGCCCAUUUAACUCCUAAAGGCCAUCGUUUUAAACCAAAAAAUAGCCAGCCUAAACAACCCAAAACCGGUGAUCCUAAGCCAAACACAAUUGCCUCCACACUUAACCAGUAUCAGCCUAGCAUAUCCCAGCAUCUUGGUAUAAACUGUUUGGAGCAGCAACAAAAAUUACAGCAUGAUCCCCAGGAAAACAUACGUGACAGUAGCGAAGAACAAAUGGAACGGAAAAGGAGGAGAGAAAGUGUUUCUGGUUCGGGCAGUGUUGAAUCGAUUACUAGCCAGCAUUUUUUAUCGGCACGUCCUGGCAGCCAGGACUGCCGGGACUCAUGA